AUGAGAAGAGGUCCCUUUUUGAAGAACUCAGUUGCUUUUGUUUGUGUAGUGAUCUCCAUUUCUUGUCUUUUGGUUAUAUUUAUUUCGGUGCUUAGACUUCCAGAAGUAGGUGUGUCAAUGAGAAAAGGAGGAGGUGCAAUAGGUUCAUUUAGGCCCAGGAUAGGGAAGUUUGGAGAAAUGAUUAUUGAAAUGUUGCCUGAAGAUCUUGCAUUUACAAUUUUCCUUCCUUCAGAGAAAGCAUUUGAGCGUGAUUUGAGUUUAAGGGUGAAUGGUAGUUUUACAGCUGAGAAAGUGAAUGAUACAUACGCAAUACUUACUCGCAUAUUGGGUUUCUCAACUGUGCCUCGGGCAAUUACUUCAGUUACAGUACCAUUUGGUAAGGAGCUCAGUUAUGAUUCAUUAUCGGGAUUUAAUUUAUACAUACACAAGGACUUAGAUGGAAUGCUGGUGGUUAAUAGAGUUCGAUCAGAAGGGGUUGAUCUCAAGAGGAGGAAGAUUGUUGUACAUAUUAUGAAUGGGGUUAUCAUGGAUAAGGAGUUUGAGCAAUCUGUUCAGCCUGACAACAAUAACGAAGAAUGA